GUGAAGACCAGCAGGGCUCCAGGUGUGUCAUCAUAGCCGAUGAAAAAGAGGAUGACGGGAAAGAAGUGACGUGCACUGUUACCAAUCAUGUCAACCACAGACGUACUGCCAGCGCCAUUGUCACAUUGAUGUUGUCAGAAACAGAGCAAGGAGCCUGGAGGAAGUCCUGGCAAAAUGGCGCGUGGACUUGUAACAGCUGUCGGGAUCUUUCUCAUUACAUGUCACAAGAUAUUCGCUAUUAGUAUUUCAACCAACAACGAAGUCGAAGAGCUGUCUUUAAACCAGAGAUCAGUGUCAUGUAACCAGUUAACCCCAAACUCCACGAUCUACUGGAGCAUCUCACCUUUACAUGGACAGGUGAAACAGGUGGGAAUGUGUGGGGUGGGGAUAUGCACAUCAGGAUAUCGUCCGAACGUCUACUCGGAGCGAAAUAUCCCUGCGAGUUCCUCCCUUGUCUUUCUGAAUGUCACCCGGGAUUGGGCGGGUACUGUGGUGUGUACAGAACGGUUCGCCAACGGAAGUGAGCAGUCUGUCAACAGUACACUGGAUGUUUAUUACAAUUCUGGAGUCAACAACAGUAGAAUGGUAAUCAACCGCGAGGACUGGUCUCUAACUGUCAGUUUUAACAUCACAAAAAUCUUCUCCGCUCUUGGCAACUAUGGAGCUGAGGUCUUCUGUCGCCGAGGGUACUUGAGCACGAAUGCUACAGUCAAUAUGUCACUGGUGUCAUUCAACGAAUCAUCUUUAAUGUAUAAUGUAGGCUACCUGCAGGUCACUUUCCCACGCCUGCGAUAUUCUCCUUCUGUUAUCUUCCACCGCUGCGCAUACAUCAUCGCCGUUCGUCCUGGUGCAAAAUAUACUCCACUUCCAUUGGAGGACUUGAAGCGGAUUUUUGACAUGCCCACACCAACAUUAUCUUGUAACCAAGCCUACAUUCCUGAAGAGGGUCCUGCUAGCUGCAUCUGUAACAGCACAUUACUACGGCAUCCCGAGGCCAGACUACGGUGGGUCCUGAGAGAACAGAGUGUAGUUUCCGGUGACUACGGAGUCGGAUGGCUGCCGCUUCCACCCGAGGUCGUGAACCGCACCCAUGAUGGGAAAAACCUCGUGUGCGAAGUGGAAUGGUUUUACAAUAGACGUACGGAGCUCAGGAUGCUAGUGGCAUAUGGACCAGAUCACGUCACCAUCAGGCCCUACCGUGUUGUUUAUGGAAAGGACACCAUCAACAAGACAUUGCUGGCUGCCUAUCCAGUGACCAGUGGCCAAGCUUACUUACCUCCAGACGACACCUCCGAGGUAACCCUGGUAUGCGAGGUAAAGAAUGCCCAGCCCUUGAAGUCAGAAAUGGUCACGUGGGACGGCCUGUGUGAUGGUCAGAAAGGUUUCACUUGUAACCUGGUCUUCAAAGGUAAAACGGAUGACGGGAUGAUGGUCACGUGCACUGUCAUCAACGACGCCAACAACAACCACACUGCCAACACCAGCAUCAUCCUCAACGUUUCAGAUGGUCCAGAGACCGUCAGCAUCCAGUACCACACUACUUCUACACCUGACAAGUGCCACGUGAUCCUUACCUGUGAGGCGUCUGGGGUCAAACCCUCGACCUAUGACAUGUUUGAGUGGGGCGGGAUGUGCGAAGGUCAGCAGGGCUCCAGGUGUGUCAUCACAGCCGACAAUGAAAAGGAUGACGGGAGAGAAGUGACGUGCACUGUCACCAAUCAUGUCAAUCACGGACUUACUGCCAGCGCUAGUGUCACACUGACGUUGUCAGGAUGUGAAGGCCAAGAUGAUCCCAUGAGUAAGGGUGUGGGCAUUGGAGUAGGUGUGACUUUGACCCUUGAGCUGCUGGUGGUGGGUGUGGUGGUGGUUGUUAUCUGGACACGACGACGAUUACAGCGAGACCGAAUAUACGAGAAACCCAGUCCAAACCCACGUCUGAGCCACACAUACGAAAUGGCGAGAGCGGGGCAUGACCCCUCUACUCCAGAAUCUCAGGAACAAAUUGCUGUCACACCUUCCCCUCCAUGUGAAGUCUAUGAAAACGUCUCAUCAUAACACAACAGCCAAGCCGGUCAAAGCAAAACAACAGCGAAAAACAUAAAAAACAGUGAUAAAAGUGAGAAAAGUGAUGUAAAACAGUUCAAAGAACGAUCGUUUUACCUGUGCAUUCAACAACGACAAAAUCGUUUCCAUAUCUGUGUUUGGACUUUCGAGUUUCAGUAUUUUUGGGGCUUGUAUUAGCUUGUAUUGCCAUCCUCUGGUCAGCCAUGAUUCCAACGGUUCUGACAUUCACUCGGUUUCGAACCCUAAUGAAGAUUUGGACAAGCAAGGAAAUUGUUUUUAUUUAAUUUCUCGAGAUCCAUGUUUGUCAUUCAUUUUUAUGUUAGAGGCAAUAAUUCGUGAUAAUAGUAGAGUCUUUUUAUCGUAAUAUGCGUUAUUAAUAGUUUAUCUCGUUUAUUGCCUUAAUUUGUUUGUAAUUAUUGUUUUAAUAUUUGUACCAAGUCAAUACAGAGUUUAUGGUAUUUAUGGUAAAGUGAGGUAGUUAGGUCUAAUUUUUUUUAGUAAUACUUCUGAAGCAACGAAAACAAAAUUUAUACGGCAUCUUCAAGACCCAUUAACAAGACUCAGAGUUUAUUCUCGUUUUCUUUGCCUUAGAAGAAAAUAAAAUAGUUCUUACUUGCA